CUGAUGGUUAGAAUUUCCAGUACUGAAAAAUGGCAACUGCCACUGAAAACUUAACAUCCUCAAAGGAUGUUUUAUCGGAAGUACGAUUAUUUUUGCAAGGAGUAAACCGUGAGAAACAAGUCAGUGGCCAGUCAUUGACAAAGUCAGCAUUAUACCUGUUACAAACUUUACCAGUAGCCAGACAUGCUGUAUUUGAAUACCUCUGUAAUGUUUUUGAGGAGGCAGUACAAAUUCAAAUGAAACAGCUACAGUUUCAUGAGUUCAAUCAAGAUGAUUUAGGUGAAUCAAGUAACACUUUAGACUCAGUCAUACAGGAUGCUUGUGGAGUUUUAUUCAAUUUUAUAAAGACCAAUCCUGCAGCAUGGGCACCCAUUAUAUCAUCAUGGUCUUUGGAACUCCUUGGUCAUCUCAGUGGUAAAUACUCAACACACAGAGGAGUUCCACAUUCAGGAUCAUUGAAUGAGCUUUUGCAGCUAUGGAUGACAUGCAAACCAACCAAAUCUUUGAUAGAGGUCGCCACUGAAUGCUUUGCAGCUAUGGUGAAAGGUGCACCAGAAGUUUGUGUAGAUUCAUUACUGGAAGCUUCAGUUAAGUACAGUCCACAUUUUGACUGGGUUGUAGCUCAUAUUGGAUCAUGUUUUCCGACCACCAUUAUAACAAGGGUUUUAAUGAGUGGUUUAAAAGAUUACUAUCAACAUGGUGGAAAACCUGGAGAAGGGCACAUGUCAUCUGAUGAUAAAAUGCCAAAGAUGGCAUCUGCAGUGGGAAUUCUAGGACAUCUGGCAUCUAAGCAUGGGCAAGACAUUAGAAACGCCUUGAUGAAAUUAUUUGAGGCCAGUUUAACAGCUGAGAGUGAGAUGAUUAGGAAGACAACCAUUCCUUUCCUACUGAAGCUGGCAUCUUUGUCUCCAAUGUUACUUAAUAUUCUAACCACAGAUCUUAUUAAUGCAUUGACCCCAGAAGUACUGAAUCAGUUAAAUACUAUUUUAUCGCAGUGGAAAAAUACAAGUCAUCAGGAAUAUGAAAGUUUCCUCCUGUUGGUGGUGCAUCUUGUGAUACAGAGUGAUAUUGGAGCUUAUCAAGUCUUACAGUUCUUUCUCCAAGCUGCCAUUCCAACAGGUACAGAGGCCAAAGUUAUCCAUGAAGAUAUACAAGAUACAUGUUCCUUUCUUAUUGAUCAGUUGUUAAGAGAAGUACAAAGUGCAGUAUACCACAGACAGAAUAAUGGAAUGGUGGAAGUCCCCUUUCUGGCCUCACUCACACCAAAGGUCAAAGAGUUGACCCGGAUGCUUUUACAAAGUGAUGGCAUGGUAUCACUGUGGCUGAUGAAGUUGUUGUCUUAUGUAGCAUUAUACAGUGGAGAGGAAUGCACAUCAGAAAUACUUGUCUGUAUUAUAUCUGAAGCCACUAACUACAGACAGCUAUCUAGAUGCCUGGACUUACAGAGCACAGUGGAAGUCAAACUUGGAGAUGUUUUACCCUGUACAAUACACAGACUUGUUGAUAUGUUAAACACACAACAAAUGGAUAAUGUUAAGCAGUUGCUUGGCAACUUGUUGUCUCUUGUCCAAUGGGAGAGUACAUCACAUGUAGCCAAAGAAUAUAGAUCGUUAUACCAGUAUUGUAUCCAUCAGCAGUGGGAAUCGUUCCUGCCUUUACUAACAAACAGUGAUACAAAGAUUGCUAUUACCAUGCUCAAAAUCAUCAAUAUUGUCACACUCCCAAAGGUCCUGUCAAGUCCCAUAACUCUUACAUUGUGUUCAUCCUUGUCAGAAUUGUUCUUCAGAAUAUUAGAAAUAGAAGAUUCAAAGACUGCAUUUGAAAUGGUAACAGUGUGUAAACAGUGUAUGAAACAAUUAAUCAAUAGUUCCUAUGUGCAGACGGUCAUAUUAAGAUUUUUUAUUGAAGCUUUGUUCACAAAGGAAAUUUCCAUUUUAUUUGGUGGUAAAAUAGAUCCAUCGUCUCUGACCUCAGAGAAAGAUACAUAUACUCAGCUGAAGGAAGAAAACAUGAAACAUGGUUUAACUUUGACCUUGCCAAGGUCACACUCUAGUGUAUUCCAUGCUGGUGUUAUAGGAAAAGGUCUGAAACCAAGAACACAUGUGCAGGUUUUAAAGCAGCCUCAAGUUAUAAGAAAUAAACAGUGCUUAGUGGAGCUUUUGGCAGCAUGUUCAGUGACAGCCCAGGGCACAGAGGAAGUUCAUACACCAAUGGAAACAGAUAACAUGUUCCCUGUUAGAAAAAGAAGGACCACAUUAUCAGCAGAGUUAUGUAGAAUGGUUGGCAGUCUGAUCACAGAAUUAGCUACACCAGAUGUGUUGUAUAAUAAUAGAUUCUGGCCUGAGGAAGACUCUAUUAGAAUAACUGUUGAAAGAGAUUUGUUUGUAUGGAAGAUAUUUGAAGAUAACCAAGUAUUAUGGGAUGUAUUUGAUUUAUAUUCAUCAAGUCCACUAGCAAUGUGUAGAUGUUCUCCUGUGUUGAAAUCCAUCACAGCUUCUUUAAUGAACUAUUUUGAAAGUUGCAGACAGAAACAGGCCAGUCAUUCACCAAGGCAGAUGGAGGCAUGUUGUAAACUUGUUAGAUGUUUGUCAAAGAGUCGACUCCUACCAACACCACUCAAGUUUAUAUCAGAGUUAUUUCCCUUGGUGACUUCUUAUGAAGCAUAUUUACUUUUGGUGGAAAUGUGGAAAUACAUAAAGGAGAAUCCUCCCACUGAAGAUCCAGAAGAAGUCAACAAAAGAGUUUGUGAACCACGCCAUACAGUCACUGUAAGAUCCAUACUACAUAAAGAUAUCCACAGAAUGGGACACAUUUAUUCCAGAUUCUUUCAUGAGACAAUGCCACCAUCUGAAAACAAAAUGGACGAUUAAAAUUAUUAAAUUUA